AUGUAUCCCUCCUUCAUCGCCGUUCUCACCGCCCUCACGGCCACAAUCGCCGCCUUCCCGCACACCACGCGCAACGCGGCCUUGGGUUCUGCGACCAACUUCAUAGAAGGCUGCUCGCCCGGCGGCUGCAUCGCCAGCUUCAACAUCACGGCGCCGGCCGGCUACGUCGCCGGCGCCCCGGCGUACAACGUCGUCUGCCACCCGAUCUACAUCCAGCAGGGAUGGCUGACCUGCGACGCGGUCGGCGAGCAGGCGGCCGGCUCGACCGUGCAGUCGAUGUGGACAGGGGCUUCGGAGCGCGAGCUUAUCAAGAUCAGCGUCGCGCACUUGUUUGUUGACGGCGAGACCGGGGCGGCGAAGAACGCGUCGGGCUUUGCGGAGAUUGAGGCUGGGACUACGGCGUUUGAUGUGCCGGUCACGAGCCUCACUGCUGUGCUGUAG